GUGCGCGACCGACGAUAAGACUUAGCUGCUCUCGGGUAGUUAAAGGCCGGUUCUGUGGUGCAGCGACAAGCUCAACCAGUAAUAUUUAGUAAUUUUAUCUCCUUCCGGUAAUCUACCUGUCCAUCAUCCUUGCUACGAGGAGACAACUUGACCAUUGGAAGUCGUCGUCGCCGUUGUUGAUCGAGUAAUUAAGUCACGCGAUCGUGAGAACUGUUGCUGAGUUGUCCUGUGAAAUUUAAUCAAUUCGUACUCCAGACAGGAUGUAUCGGGUGCUACGUAGGCAGUAUCACAGCACGAAAGGAGUUUUCGGGUUCAAACCGAAGCCGAGGGAGGAGUUUCAAUUGGACAAGCGCCUGUUGGAGGCACGAGCGCAGCAGAGCAACGCUUAUCGCUGGGUCGAAGCCUAUCGGAACCAUGCUCAUCGCAGUGCGGCCAUAAAUCCUGUCAGCUUUAAGAAAUCAUCCAACGAUACAAACGCAGCUGAGCUCCAAUACUCUCGAUAUGGACUCACGGCCAACGAUACCGUUAACUCCUACGGGAUCUUCAACUCCAAGGAACAUACUACGCUAUCGAUCGAACAGCUGCAAGAGCUUCUCGAGCAGGUGUACUGCGGAACCACCGGCAUCGAGCUGGCCUUCAUCGAGAACGAACACGAACGGGAGUGGCUUUCGGAAAAUUACGAAAAACUGUUCCACACCCCCCUAGAAACUCACGACCAGAAGAAAAUUGCCGAGCUCCUGCUCAAAUCGCAGGCCUUCGACAACUUUCUGGCUACCAAGUUCCCCACGGUGAAACGCUACGGUGGUGAGGGUGCCGAAAGCAUUAUGGCGUUCUACCGGCAGCUGUUUAUCUGUGCCAGUGAAAGGGAUUUGCGGAAUAUUGUCGUGGGGAUGCCGCAUCGUGGGAAGUUGAAUGUGCUGACGACGAUGUUCCAAACGAGGCCGGCGAAAAUUUUCCGCAAGUUCAAGGGCCUGCCGGAGUUUCCCGCCGAUGCGAAGGCCAUGUGUGACAUCGCUAGUCAUUUCCACACCUCAACCGACAUCACCGUCCGCGGAAAAACCAUCCACCUGAACAUGUUGCACAACCCUUCCCACUUGGAAGCAGUCAAUCCGGUUUCGAUGGGCAAAACCAGAUCCAAACAGCUAACCCUAAAAGAUGGCCCUUAUGACAACGAGCAACCCCAAGUCUCAAAGGCCCUAAACAUCCAACUCCACGGAGACGCAGCCUUCGCCGGCCAAGGUAUCAACCAGGAGUGCCUGAUGAUGGCCGAUGUACCGCACUUCGACGUGGGUGGGUCGAUUCAUAUGAUUGUUAAUAACCAGGUUGGUUUUACGACACCUGGUGAGCGGGGUCGAGGUUCUCGGUAUUCUUCGGAUCUUGCUAAAAGCAUCAUGGCUCCGGUGAUUCACGUUAAUGGGGAUGAUCCGGAAGCGCUUAGCAAGGUCACCCGGUUAGCGUUUGACUAUCAGCAGAAGUUUGGCAAAGAUAUUUUUAUCGAUUUGAACUGUUUCCGGCGAUGGGGUCACAACGAGCUGGAUGAUCCGACGUUUACCAAUCCUCUUUUGUACGAGGUUAUCCAUGGCCGAGGAUCGGUACCGGAUUUGUAUGCGAAGAAGUUGGUCGAAGCCGGAGUAAUGACUCAGGAUGAAGUAAGUGGAGUAGUUCAGAAGCACAUGGAUUUCCUGAAUUCGGAACUACAGAAUGUGAAUCACUACCAGCCGGAGAAGAGUUACUUCGAACAGCAGUGGAGCGGUUUGCAACAGGCAGGCAAUGAGGUAACCAUUUGGGAUACGGGCGUAGAUUACGGUUUGUUGGGACACAUCGCAAGAACCAGUGUCCAAUAUCCUUCGGACUUCGCGCUGCACCCUCAUCUGAAGAAACAUCACGUGGAAUCCAGGUUGAAGAAAGUAGCCGAUGCGACACGCAUCGAUUGGGCUACUGCUGAGACGAUGGCACUCGGAAGUUUGAUGUAUCAGGGAUUCAACGUACGUAUUAGCGGCGAAGACGUUGGCCGAGGAACGUUCUCUCAGCGUCACGCAAUGUUUGUCGAUCAGAAGACCAACGAAAUUUUCGUUCCGCUGAACGAACUGAAAGGAGGUGCCGGUGGAAAGCUGGAACUGGCUAACAGUAUUCUAUCGGAGGAAGCCGUCUUAGGGUUCGAAUACGGCAUGGCAAUCGACAACCCGAACAAUUUGAUAAUAUGGGAAGCCCAGUUUGGAGAUUUCUUCAACGGAGCCCAGAUCAUCAUCGAUACGUUCCUGGUCAGCGGAGAGACUAAAUGGAUGGUCUGCAACGGUUUGGUAAUGCUAUUGCCUCACGGUUUCGACGGAGCCGCCUCCGAGCACAGUUCUUGCCGAAUGGAGCGUUUCCUACAGAUGACCGAUUCCAAGGAAGCUAGCCCUGAUGGUGAUGACGUGAACUUCCAGAUCAUCAAUCCCUCAACGCCGGCACAGUAUUUCCACGCACUCCGUAGGCAGAUGAUACGCAACUUCCGGAAACCUCUGGUCGUAGUAGCCCCCAAAACGUUGCUCCGGCUGUCCGAAUGUGUCAGUACCCACGGCGAACUAGCUCCGGGCACGUUCUUCCAACCGGUGAUUGGCGAUAGCUUUGUCCAAGAUGCUAAGAAGGUUAAACGGGUGAUUCUGUGCAGUGGCAAGCAUUACUACAACUUGAACAACGAGCGGACGACUCGGAAUAUCGGAGAUGUUGCGAUCGUACGGGUAGAGUCGCUGUGUCCCUUCCCGGUGCACGAGAUCCGGGAGCAGCUGGACAAGUAUUCCAAUGCGAAGGAGUUCGUGUGGAGUCAGGAGGAGCAUCGCAACAUGGGAGCGUGGAGUUUCGUACAGCCUCGGUUCGAAAAUAUGUGCGGUAGAAGAAUCAAAUACCGUGGUCGAUACGAGGGGGCAACCGUUGCCGUCGGUGUCAGUUCCUGGCAUGCCAAGGAAGCGGAACAGGUCAUCAAAACUGCCUUUGAGUGAAUCCCUGGUGAAAACGAUGAAUUUUUAUUGUUGUUGUUAACUUGAUAAGAGAAAGGUUACCGGUUGGAUGCAUUUGUAAAUACUAAAAUUUGCUUCGUUUCAAACAGAGAAAAACAUAUUACAAGAUUAUGAUAAACUGA